AUGUCGCUGGAAUGGGUGGAAGACAUGCUGGGGCUCACAACCUGGCAUGGCCAUGUCUGCGAAGGGCAGCUGGACUCGGUGCGGGAAUUGUUUGGAUAUGAGACACGCUUGCUGCGAGGCUUGCGCAGGAACAAAGCGAUGAAGGACAUGGAAGAAGCCAUUCGGGAUGCUGGCGCCAGAGUGGGCAUCAGUUUGUUGACGGACCUGUCUCAAAACCUCGCGCGCGUCCAAACGACACAAUGCGCAGAAGCUGCCAGCUCGGCUUCAAGCAGCGAGGACGAGGACGGGGACGGGGUCUCUGCUAGCUUGGAUGCUUUCACCGAUGACGUGGAUUACGACGACUUGCGCGAUCAUGAAGCCUUUGCUGGUCAAGAUCUGGCGGACGCGCGCGCGCCGAGUUCUAUUGCUAUUUCGGAUUACACGACUGAAGAUGAAGCGACUGAGGUAUUCGCGCCGCUGACCGUCAAUCUUGAUGUUUCAGUCAGUUUGGCGGCCCGGAGUAUCGUGGAAGCUCGUUUGGGUGGCGGCACGGGGUUGGAAGCAACAGAGUUGGAGCCAGCAAACCCUUCCAUGUAUUACUUUGCUGCGUACCUCACGCCAGCCGCGCGCAAGAGCUGGUGCGUCGUUGAUGUUCUUGGCGGAGCUGAAGCGAUGUUGAUUUGCGAGAACACUGUGCUUUGGGUGGAUGGUUGUGGUGCCAUGGGGCAAGGAGCCGGGGCCCGGGUCGCCGACAUGAACGUCCAAGGCCCGGUCACGGGAGGUCAUCGCCAACGGUUCCCACUGUGGUAUCUCGCCCUGCACGCCACCAUCGUCUCGCCGGUCGCCCGAUCCGGCGAACCACGCUCGCGUGCUGACACGCAGCCGGGGAGCCUGAACUCAGGCGGAAAAGCCGCUGCCGCCUCGUCGUCGUCGGCGUUGGGAUGCGUUGAGGUUGGCGGCCGUUUUGGGGCCGAGGCAGCGACGUUGUUGCGCCUGCUCGCCCGCCAGCGGGCCGCCUCAGUUGCACGGGGAUCAGGCGCCGACCCGCCGACCUGCCCAGCCUUACCGAACGAAACUUGCACCGGCAGGACAAAAACAUCCGGUGCAGCGGUGGGACAUUAUCUCCUGCUGCUGGAGGACGAGGAGGGAUCGGAGAAACGCUAUGCCGAUUGGUGUCGCGAGCGUUGGCAUGACAGUAUGCGGCGGACCUACGCCCUGACGAGCAAGCCUUGGCCUACCUAUGCCUACCUCGACGAUGCGUGCAUCUUGGCUCCACCUCACCGUGCGCUCCAGCUCUACCAUAGCCUGGCGCUGGGAAACGCCGCCUCGCCCGUGUGCAUCGUUACCGUUGACCCGGGCCUGCGGACGAGGUGUCAAGCGCUUGGCAUCGACCUCCGCCCGGCUGCUCCCCCAAGCCACCAAACGGCCCAUACGACCGUCCGGGACUACGCGACCAGAACCUUCUCCGCUGCGGACGCUGCGGAGCCCGCGGAGCCACACAACUUGCGGGCCGUAUGUUGCCGCCGCCUGGCGGGACCCGCGCUAGGCUUCGCCGAGCUCCCGGAUGCUAGCAUGCACUGGGCCCCCCUGCCCCACCGCAAUGACGUGGGCAUCGCCUCAUGGACUCCGCAGUGGCUCUGCAUGCGCUGCCAGAACGUGCUGCCGGUUGCGUGCGUCCAGACGCCGGGGCCUCCCCCGCCAUGCCUCCGUUGCUCGGCCCCCAUGCUGUGGGAGGUCAACCUUGCUUCGCACGUGGAGCGCUGGGUCUGCUCUUGCUGCCCAUUUGCGCACCCGGUCAGACCCUUUGCAUUGGGACCGGAGCCCCCCUUGCCCGCGUCACAGGCGGUCCCCGCGCCCGAGCCCGCCCUCCCGCAAACCGUCGUCCAGUAUGUUGAUGCCGUGCCUCCGCCGCUCCCCCUCAUCGCUGGCACCAACUCUGAGGUGUACGUCCUGAUUCUGCGCGCCUGGUGGCAGCGCACCGUUGAGGCCUUGCUCGCGCGCCCGUUUCUGCCCGUGCAGGAGCUCGCUCAGGCGGGCAACGCCAUGCGCAAGUCACCUCACUCGCGGAUGUUGUGCGGGCGGCCAUGUGCCGCCGAUGCGCCUGCUGACACGAUUCAGAGCGGCAACGCCGCGUUGCGCCGUGUCGCUGCGGCGGAGGAGGGUUUGCGUGUUGGCCUCGCCUCUCUGGACGGCAUCGACCUCGAGGCGACCCUCAGCUCCUGA